AAGCUCCCGCACUGAUUUCAAUGUGUGUGAGAGAGCAGCGCUGUUGUGGUAUUCAGUAGUGAAGUGAGGACAAGGUGGGCGUCGUCUGCAGAAACAACUCCAAACAACUCCAAACAACUACAACAUGGCUAACCGAACUUCAGCGACUACACGCCAGUCUUCUUCUUAUACGAGGAUAUUUGGUAAUGAGCGCAAUGCCUCCACCCGCUCCAGCUAUUCGAGCCGCCAGUUCUCGGUUCCAGCGCGCAGCUCUCGGCUCUCCUACAGCUCCUUCUCCGCUCCGCCGUCCAUCAUCACGGGCAAAAAUGUGCGACUGCGAAACGUGAACUUGCCCCGACUCACCUCCGACACGCUGGACUUCGCUCUCUCCGAUGCCAUCAACAUCGAGUUCAAGGCGAACCGUACAAACGAGAAAGCCGAGAUGCAGCAGCUGAACGACCGCUUCGUCAGCUACAUAGAGAAGGUGCGCUUUCUGGAGCAGCAGAACAAGAUUCUGAGCACCGAGCUGGAGCAGCUCCGAGGCAAAGGAACAUCCCGAGUCGGAGAUCUUUACGAGGAGGAGAUGAGGGAGUUACGCCGGCAAGUGGAGCAGGUCACCAGUGAUAAAGCCAGGGUGGAAGUGGACCGAGAUAAUCUGGCGGAGGAUGUUGAACGCCUCAGAGAGAAGCUUCAAGAAGAAACUCUUCAAAGGGAAGAUGCUGAAAACAACCUCCAGUGUUUCAGGCAGGAUGUCGAUAAUGCGUCCUUGGCUCGCCUAGACUUGGAGCGCAAGGUGGAAUCCCUACAAGAGGAGAUAAUUUUCCUGAAGAAACUUCAUGAUGAGGAGAUUGCUGAGCUGCAGACCCAGAUACAUGAUCAGCAUGUGCAGGUUGAUAUGGAAAUGGCUAAGCCUGAUCUGACCUCUGCACUUCGGGAUGUCCGCCUUCAGUAUGAGAAUCUGGCCACCAAGAACAUCCAUGAAGCUGAGGAAUGGUACAAAUCCAAGUUUGCAGAUUUGUCAGAGGCUGCUGCUCGUAACACUGAAGCCAUCCGCCAGGCCAAACAGGACGCCAGUGAAUAUCGCCGCCAGGUGCAGGCUUUAACCUGUGAGGUGGAUGCUCUUAAGGGCACUAAUGAGUCUCUGGAGCGCCAAAUGGGAGAACUGGAGGACAACUUUGCCAUGGAGUCAUGUAGUUACCAGGACACCAUCGCACGUCUGGAAGAAGAAAUCCGCAACAUGAAGGACGAGAUGGCUCGUCACUUGCGCGAGUACCAGGACCUGCUGAAUGUCAAAAUGGCCCUGGACAUUGAGAUUGCUACCUACAGGAAGCUGCUGGAAGGAGAGGAGAGCAGGAUCACCACACCACUGCCUAACUUCUCCUCUUUUACUCUGAGAGAAUCCAUGAUGGAAACCAAACCGCUUGUUGAGAACCUGACCAAGAAAGUGGUGAUUAAGACCAUAGAGACAAGAGAUGGUCAUGUGAUUAAUGAGUCCAGUCAGCAUCAUGAAGACCUGGAGUGAACUGCAUACAAAACCUUUAAAAGAAAAGCUGUGGAGGCAAGCAUUGUGAUAUCAGUGGGUUAUCUGUUUCUGUGACACUUGAACAGCUUUUGUGUGCCUUUUGCCUCUCUAGACAAAUCUGCAUAUACAGAUGUGUUUUGAGUAGAAUAGAAAAUGUAGGCCAAUGAAAAUGAGCUUUAGUCUUCCUGUUUUCCACAACUGCUAUAGUUUACACUGUGCAAGUUGGACCACAGCAAUAACCUUAGCUGCAUUGACUUGUAUUGUUUUGGGCAGCUUGACAAAGAUCUAGAAGAAUGAAUUCCUGUUGUAUUUUUAAAAAUCAAACAAAUAAAGUUAACAAACACUUCUGAAAA